GGCAUUCCCCCUUCAGAUUUGUCCAAUCCCUCGGUUUCUCCGUUAGUUCAAUCAGACGACGCGAUGCUGUCCGAGCUCGAGUGCGGGAUAUGUUACCGGCUUUUCGACACUGGCCGUCGCUGUCCCCGACAGCUGGACUGUAAACACAGCUUUUGUGAAAGCUGCUUAUUGACGCUCACUGCGUGCCGAAGCGAAGACCCUCAAUCCGGACCUCAGAUAAUCUGCGCCUUCUGCCGACACACCACUCCUCUGAACGAGGAGAAACUGAGAGACAACCUCCCAGUGCACGAGGACAUUUUGAAUCGACUGAAGGCGGAAGGUGUCCUCGAGGACAGCGCGAGCGACGGGGAGGAUGACGAAGAGUCCAGGACUGACACAACCGGCCAGUCUAAAGAAGAUCAUUUACCCAGGACGCAAAGAGGACGACUGUGGAGGUCAAUCAUUCGUCUGUACAAGAAAAUGAAAGGACCGAGUCGGCGAGGCUGUAUUACUGACUCUGAUAUGAGGGAUCUGGCCCUGAUGCAUUGCUACAUGAUAUAAAGAACCUGGACUGAUGAACGUGACCUGUCGGAUGCAGACCAGUGAAGUGUUGGUGCAUGGAUCAUUCCUUUCAGAGCCACCUGAAAAUCCUGGACUCUUUCCCCAGCAAGGUUCAAUGAGAGAAGGGAAACAGCCAAAAGCAGAUGUAAAUAAAGCAAAGUGUUGGUAGCAGGGAGCAUCACAUUUUUGACUUGACUUGAACUGCCUCGUGUUGAAUGUUUUAUGUAUUAAAUGUGUUCAUACUGUGAAAAGCAGGUAUCUGUUAUAGCUAUAUGUAUAUAGGACUGCAGGUGUGUUUUUGUCUUGCCGUCUGACUCAAAUGUCAAGUAACUUAUAACAAAACAUUAAUUCUAAUUAGUGUUAACUUGUGAAUUGGCUGUAUGCUCCUAAUGUAUAUAGUCAUCUGUAUAUAUUAUGGUAUUAUAAUAAGUUUUCUAUUUUUAUUUUUUUUUUAAAGAUGUUUUCUUGUAUUUUUAAUAAAAAAAAAUUCUCAACCA